GCAGAUGAAGAUAACAGUCCAGUUUCCAGUUUUACUUCGAAGAACUGCAGCUUCUGAAACUUAGCUGCUUGGCUAGAAAAGAAACAUGUCUACUGUUGGAGCCAAAGAAGUUGUGAUUGCUGAAGAUAUUGGUGCCUUAAAAAGAAACCCAAAUUCUUUGAAUGAGGACAAGAAGAAAGAUAACUGAGGACAUCUCAGGAAUCAGUCUUUACUUCCAGAUUUAGCAAGAUAACCGACUGUUCAAUUCAUCACUCCACAUUCAUCUGGCACCUGCUCUUUUGGGGUUGUGUGUGCACCAGUGUAGAACCCAUCCUCAAUAAUGAGUCUUCCUCUACAAUUGGGAAUCAGCCCUGCUGGAAAGCACAUCUAACAGCAAGGCAGCAAAAAAACUAUGCUAUCACACAGUACCAUGGUGAAGCAGAGGAAAGAGCAAGCAUCAGCCAUCAUGAGGGAAAUCCACAGAAAUGAUAUAAAUGGCAUGGAUCUGGGCAAGAAAGUCAGCAUCCCCCAAGACAUCAUGUUGGAAGAAUUAUCUCAUCUCAGUAAUCGUGGUGCCAGGUUAUUCAAGAUGCGUCAAAGAAGAUCUGACAAAUACACAUUUGAAAAUUUCCAGUAUGAAACUAAAGCACAAAUAAAUCACAAUCUUGCUAUGCAAAAUGAGAAGACGGAUGGAAGCCACUUGGAAGGGAGCUCACAGCAAGCACCCUUGACUCCUCCCAACACCCCAGACCCACGAAGCCCUCCAAACCCAGAGAACAUCGCACCAGGAUAUUCUGGACCACUGAAGGAAAUUCCUCCUGAAAGAUUCAACACCACAGCUGUACCUAAAUACUAUCAAUCUCCUUGGGAACAGGCCAUUAGCAGUGAUCCAGAGCUUUUAGAGGCUUUGUACCCUAAACUUUUCAAGCCUGAAGGAAAGGUGGAACUGCCUGAUUACAGGAGCUUUAACAGAGUUGCCACCCCAUUUGGAGGGUUUGAAAAAGCAUCAAAAAUGGUUAAAUUCAAAGUUCCAGAUUUUGAGCUGCUGCUGUUAACAGAUCCCAGGUUCAUGGUGUUUGCCAAUCCUCUUUCCGGCAGACGGUCCUUUAAUAGGACUCCUAAAGGAUGGAUAUCUGAGAAUAUUCCUAUAGUGAUAACGACAAAACCUACAGAGGACACCACUGUCCCAGAAACUGAAGACCUGUGAAAGGAAAGCUGUACAUCUCAAAAAUCUCUGAAAUAGUGUUGCUGUUUUAUUAUUUUGAAUAUUGGCAAAGCCACUUACAUUUUUCAUUAAUACUUACAACUUAAUAGCAAUUAUGUAAUUUUCCUUUUAUGGCCUUUAAUUUCAAUCUGAGAUCAAAACUAAUGAAAAAUUAAA